AUUAGGCCGAAGGAGUAUAUACCAUGAGCCAUUGGAGUGUAUACACCAAGAGUGUGUCAGCUGGUUUCAAUUAUUGCGACUCACUUCACUGGUGAUGGCAAGCAUGGCUUCUUCUACCUUGGCUUUCUCCCUCACCAAAACUACUUUUUUGAAUGCUCAGAAGUCGUUCAUUAAUGAAGCCACCCCUCCUUCACAAUCAAGCUCGUCCUCUUGCACACGACGGCGAUCCAUUCCAAGGAUCUCCAUGUCUGCUUCUGCUGCUGCUAGAUCUACUUCCCCACCUUACGAUCUCAAAAGUUUCACUUUUGACUCCAUCAAGGAGUCCAUCGUUUCUCGCGAGAUGACCAGAAGGUACAUGAUGGACAUGAUCACCUACGCCGACACGGAUGUUGUCAUUAUUGGUGCUGGCUCUGCUGGUCUAUCUUGCGCUUAUGAGCUCAGUAAGAACCCUAACGUACAGGUGGCGAUAAUUGAGCAGUCAGUGAGCCCUGGAGGAGGGGCUUGGCUUGGGGGGCAACUCUUUUCAGCGAUGGUGGUCCGCAAGCCAGCACACCUCUUCUUGGAUGAGCUGGACGUGCCGUACGAUGAGCAAGACACCUACGUGGUCAUAAAACAUGCAGCCCUCUUCACCUCAACCAUAAUGAGCAAGCUGUUGGCUAGGCCGAAUGUGAAGCUGUUCAACGCCGUGGCGGUGGAGGACUUGAUAGUGAAGGGCGGGAGAGUGGGCGGGGUGGUCACGAACUGGGCUUUGGUGUCCAUGAACCACGACACACAGUCGUGCAUGGACCCAAACGUCAUGGAGGCUAAAGUGGUAGUUAGUUCAUGUGGGCACGAUGGUCCAUUUGGGGCCACAGGGGUCAAGAGGCUCAAGGACAUUGGAAUGAUCGAUGCGGUUCCCGGGAUGAAAGCUUUGGAUAUGAAUGAGGCAGAGGAUGCGAUCGUGAGGCUCACAAGAGAGGUUGUGCCAGGGAUGAUUGUCACCGGGAUGGAAGUUGCAGAGAUUGAUGGUGCACCAAGAAUGGGGCCUACCUUUGGAGCAAUGAUGAUAUCAGGGCAGAAGGCAGCUCACCUGGCACUGAAAUCUCUAGGGAUGCCUAAUGCAGUUGAUGAUGGAACACCAGUGGGAGGCACCCACCAGCCUGAGCUUGUCAUGGCAGCCGUGACCUCUGAUUCUGAGAGUGUCAAUGCUUAGCAAGGAAAGUGGGACCAUAAUAAUGAUAAUAAGAGAUUAAGAGUAAUAAUAAAGAAAGCAGGCGCAGAGUGUAUGUUUUCUUGCCAUGGGGCAAGAACAUUUCCUUUUACUUUUCGCCAUGUAAAAUGCUUGUGCCCAGGCCUUCUUCUUUCUUGUUUUUUGAUGAUGUUGGAUAUGUUAAUGAUAAAGCUGUAUUUCUUCAUCUUCCUCUUAUCGUUAGUGAGCAUGCAAAAGUUCAUUUACAUUGUACAUAGUAGGACGACAAGCAGCGGCCUUAAUUUAUAUAAAUAAUAAAAAUACUGGAAUAAUGUGAUUUAUUACUAUGUGAUAAUUUGAUAUGCUAGAGCAGCGUUGUAUCCAGGGACGGAUCUAGAUUUUUGAUCAAAG